AUGGCUAACGACGCAGACCACGCUGACACUGCUGCGCCUGAUCGUGAUCCCGGCCCGUCAUGCAGCUCUCGCCCCAUCACAGGUAUGGAGUUUCUGCGCAGGGUACAUCGUUCCCACGAGCACGCCGGCGACCAGCAAGAUGGCGGUGGUGACUACUGGGGAGGCGACGAUUGGUAUCGUCGGGAUGGACCGGACGACGACGAGCAUUCCGAUGGGGUCGAGGUGUGGGUUCGCUCGCCACGCCAAGAAGAUGAAGACCACGACGGACAGAACGAGGUGUGCGAUGGAUCGCACCACCCAAGCAUCGCUGAACCGGCCGAGACAGCACCAACACAGGUCGUGGAUGCGUCUGUUCCAGACUCGACCGCCUCACAGACGCCGAAGAAGCGGCGCUUGACGCAGUCCGUGCUCGGGAUUGGUCUGCAGCCCGUUAAGCCUGCACCGACUCCGCCGCCACCUGCCAAGAAAACAACACCUGUAGUCCGACUCACCGCAGAGGAGAAGAAGGAGAAGUUGUAUUUGAAGGCCCAGAAAAGCUACACGUCGGAAUGGCUUCCGCGGUUCCCAUGGUUAAUCCUUGAUAAAUCGACUGACGGUUUCCCUUGUGUUCGCUGCAGUGUCUGUAUAGAGCACGGGAAGGACGAUGCUCGCUACGGCCGCAAUGGGAAAGGAGGUCGGGACCUCCAGAUUGGGUCCUUUCGCUGGCACGAGGAGAGCGUGAAGCACGACGAUGCCAUGAAGAAGCAAAUGGGUCUGAUGAAGAACAUCGAGGAGCAGAAACGCAUCGAUGACUUUGCGAAGGGCGAUCCGGAGGGCGCGCGGAUUUCGCGGCUAAUGCGGAGCAUCGUGUUUGUGUGCAAGACGGACACACCGAUUCAGAUGUACCCCAGGCUCGUGCAGUUUCUUGCUGAGGAGGGCGUCGCCGACAUACCGCGACAGUCUUACGGCGUGUACAUCACACAAGAAGCGUUAGCUGUCAAGAAUGCAGCACAGGCCUAUCCAGACUUCAACAUCGUGGACGACGCCAUCAGGGCCCUCGGGUCGAUUGUGGACGUCACAAUCGUGGCGCAGGAGGUGGACCGCACGGUGUCGUACAUCCAACACCGCUACAUCGACUACGAGACGAAGUUCGGGGAGGGCCUUAGCCCACAGCUGUCGCCUUUCCUGGAGCGCCACAAGGAUGGCAAGCGUGAGCUGAAAGUGGAGGGCGUGGACUCCAACGGCCGCGCAGUGAGCCAGGAGAUUGUUCUAAGCGAGGCGCCCAUCGCUGGCCACAAGUUUGGCGGAACAAUGCGCGACUGCGAGAAGAUGUGCAAGGCAUUCGCCAAGCAGACCGUCCAUAAUCUCACCGAGCGGAUGGCGGAUCUUCGUCGCAUGGGCGGGACGAGGCUGUUCAAGGUGGAAUCGUGGCCCCCCAACCUCGACACACGCGAGCGGCGCUGCCUCAUGUGGCUUCGGCAAAACUCUGUGCUGUUCAACAACUGUCUGCCCGGUGAGAAUCUAGAACACUUUGUCAGUUGCGCAUGUCUGGUGUUGUUUGGCUAA